AUGCCGAAUACUAAGGAUACUUCGGCAAAUCCUGCAAGCAGUUCUGGAAAUGCUGCAUUUGGGCAGUUGAAUCCGGAAACAUCCACCCCCAGGGUCAAGAAGGAAAAGAAGAAGAAUAGGCUGCAACUACAGGAAAUGGAGAAGGUUAAGACGCUUGUCCAUCGCCGAGGCCUUGCAAAAGGUAAGGUCACCAAAGUCCUCAACAUCCUGAAUCCCGAAGAUGAAGAACCGCCAGUGCUGACAGAGGCCCAGAUCAAAGUCCACCAGCGUAAAGUCGAAAGUGCGUACACAGAGUACAACGAACUCCAUGUGAAGAUCCUUGAGCAGCUCACUGAGGAACAACAGAAUGCCCAAGACGUGAACUACGCUGAGUUUGAGGAGCUGUACGACCAAGUGUCAUUGAUACUUGAGGAGCAGCAGCAAGACCUUCUGCGGAAUAAUGAUGCGAUCCCAAACCAGCAGAAUGUGGGUGCCUAUCAACAACCUCCGGUGGUAGUGCACCAGCCUCUUCGGACGCCAGUCCCAACUUUCGAUGGCCAAUAUGAGAACUGGCCUAAAUUUAAGGCCAUGUUCAAAGAUUUGGUUGACAAAUCACCGGAUCCUCCCGCAGUAAAGCUUUACCAUUUAGACAAAGCAUUAGUGGGAUCUGCGGCUGGUUUGAUAGAUGCGAAAACCAUCAACAAUGGGAACUAUGCCCAAGCUUGGGUAAUUCUAGAAGAAAGAUACGAAAACAAGCGCCACACGAUCGGGAAACAUAUCGACAGCCUCCUAUCCUUGAAAAGGAUGACCAAGGAAUGCCAUACCGAGCUGCGUAACCUAGUGGACGAUUGCACAAGGCAUGUGGAAAGUUUGAAGUUUCUCAAUCAAGACUUUUUGGGAGUAUCGGAUUUGUUCUUGGUGCAUCUACUAACUGCAGCAUUGGACAAGGACACUCGCCGAAGAUGGGAGUCAACCAUAAAGCACGGCGAGCUACCGACCUACGAUAACAUGAUAACGUAUCUAAAGGAGGAGUGCUUUAUUAUGGAGCGAUGCGAGACUACCAGCCACAAGCAACCUCAGCCGAAACUAGCACACAAGUCGUCCACCCAGAAGGUCAAUGCUGCUAUCACGUCUGGAAAUGAAGCAAAAUGCGAUUUCUGUGGCAAGAACCAUUUGAACUUCUCUUGUCCUGAUUUCAAAUCUCUCAACGUCCAAGAACGACUGGCUAAGGUUUGCGAACGCAAUGUCUGCUUCAACUGCCUGAAACGAGGGCAUCGCGGAAAGGACUGUCCGUCUGAGAAAACGUGCAACAAAUGUAAACGGCGUCAUCAUACCCUUCUUCAUGCGGAGGAACGAGCGAAGAUAGUCACCGAAAGCAAGGACACCACCAGCAAGCAGGAAGAGUCCCAGGUCCCGGAGCGAAGCGCUGAGCUGGUCCAGCUGACGAGUGCGACAUGCUCUAAGGAAGAAGUAGCAUUGCAGCAAGUGUUGCUUCUUACAGCGGUUGUGAAUGUCAUGGACAAGAACAACAAGCCCCACCCAUGUCGUGUUUUAUUGGACUCAGGAUCCCAGGCAAAUCUAAUAACACGCUCUACUGCUGAACUUCUUGGCUUGCAGCAGAGUCCAUCAUCGAUUACGGUGACUGGUGUGAACAACACCAGAAGUCGCGUUUCGAAAAGCACCGUGGUCGAAAUCCGUUCCCAGCAUUCCAAGUUUCACGCAAACGUUCAGUGCUUGGUGACCGAUGCUGUUACGUCUGUUCUGCCUACGUCGAAUGUUUCUGUGAAGAAUUGGGAGAUUCCUGUAGGAGUACGUUUGGCUGAUCCUGAUUUCUUCAAGCCUGGAAGGAUAGAUAUGCUGCUGGGAAACCAAUGGUUUUUGCGGCUGCUGCUACCAGGAGAGUAUUCCAUAGCAGAUGAUCUCCCUGUGUUGCGCGAAACUCAACUGGGCUGGGUUGUGGGUGGCAUGUGCAGCGAGCCGUUGGAUUCAAGCAUCAUAAUGCACGCACACGCCAUCACCUUGGAUGACUUGAGCAAAUCCGUCCAACGUUUCUGGGAAUUUGAAGGAGUACAGGAAGACUUGGAAAAAAGCAGCGAGGAAGAAGAAUGCGAAGCGCACUUCAAAGCAACACAUUGGCGGAGUUCUUCUGGCAGGUAUGUAGUUCAAGUUCCCCUUCGAGACUGUGUGGAUAGGCUUGAUGACUGUCGAUCGUUGGCCUUGCGUCGGUUUCAUAUUCUGGAACGAAAAUUUGAUCAGCAAACUGAUGUAAAACGGCAGUAUGUUGACUUCAUGGAAGAAUACCAAGCCUUGGGACAUUGCAAAGUGAUUGAUGAGGCAAAGGAUGCGGAUGGAUUGUUGAAGUGUUAUUUACCUCACCACGCCGUGCUUCGACCCACAAAUACUACUACAAAAUGUAGGGUAGUGUUUGAUGCCUCAGCCAGCACAUCCGGAUAUUCACUCAACGAUGUUCAAAAGGUAGGUUCCAUCCCACAAAAUGACUUGAACUCCAUUGCCCUGCGCUUCCGUAUACCACGUUAUGCCUUGACGGCAGACGUUCAAAAAAUGUACCGCCAAACGCUUUUGGAUGAGUCGCACAGUCCCUUGCACCGCGUCUUUUGGAGGAAGGAUCGACAUGGACCGUUGAAGGUGCUGGAGCUCACCACGGUCACCUAUGGCACCGCAUCGGCUCCAUUUCUCGCCACAAGGGCACUCGAGCAAUUGGCAGACGACGAAAGAGGAAAGUAUCCAGAGGCUGCCAAGAUCGUGGACAACGAUUUCUACGUUGACAAUGCGCUUUUUGGAAGCAACGACAUUCGUGAAGCAGCGGAACUUCAACGGCAGCUGGUUGAGUUGCUUGAAAGUGGAGGUCUGCACUUGCAUAAGUGGGCGUCCAAUGAAUCAUCAUUGCUGGAAACCAUACCUGAAGAAGAUAAGGAAGAAUUAGUGAGCAUUGAAGAAGAUGGAAUAAGUGAUAUAGUGAAAACAUUGGGCCUUAUGUGGGAGCCCAAAAUGGACUAUCUGUUGCUUGCAUCCCCACCGUCGUUCGAUGUUCAAACCCCAACAAAGAGACAAGUACUGUCGGUCAUCUCCAGAAUGUUUGAUCCCUUGGGAAUUGUGGCACCUGUUAUUCUGAUCGGCAAGUUGCUGAUGAAGGAUGUGUGGAAGGAAGAUGUUGGGUGGGAUGACGUCAUCGGCGGACAACUAGAGCAACAAUGGAAAAAGUUCUUGGAAUCAGCAUUAUGUGCGAAGUCAAGGCUUGUUCCAAAAGCCGUUACAACGAUCCCACGAAAGGAGUUGUUGGGAGCGUUGCUAUUGCAUCGACUGGUGAAGAAGGUACUAGGAGCAGUCCAGUUGAAGUUUGAGAAUGUUGUGUUGUGGUCAGAUAGCCAGGUGGUCUUAGCUUGGCUUAAGAAGAAUCCAGAACUGUUGGAGGUCUUUGUGAAGAACAGAGUUUGUGAAAUCAAUGCAACUGGUGAACAAUUUACUUGGAAGUACGUGAACACUAGUGAAAACCCCGCUGACAUUGUGUCACGUGGCCAAUCGGCUACCACCUUGGCAAAAAGUGAACUGUGGUGGACUGGACCGAAGUUUUUGAAGUGUGAAGACUAUGCGAACAAGAAUCCGGUACCGAUUCCGGAUGAAGAUCUCCCUGAACUAAAGUGUGCAGCUGUAGUCAACACAGUGGACCGGUUCGACGAGUUACCUGUCUUCAAGCGGUUUGAAUCCUUCCGAAAAUUGCAACGGGUCUUGGCGUAUGUGUUGCGAUUCGCUAAGAACUCGAAGCAAAAACAGAAGGAAGACCGUACCCUCAAGCUGUUCCCGACGGUUGCAGAACUAAGAGAUUCGUUGAAGGUAAUUGUGAAGGUUCAGCAAAAUCGACACCUUGCUGAAGAGAUAGCCUUGAUCCAGUCAGCUGGUACUGCCGAGUCACAAUGUUGUUGUAAAAUCGUUGAUUCGGGCAAUUCACCAUGA